GCUGAAUCGUGACUGUGCGGAGUGAAGAAGAAAAUCGAUCCCUGAUUCCCUUUGUUUGCUGUUCCAAUAUCCCGGAAGCUUCGCCGUGCUUCGUGUAUUUUUUCAAAGGAAGGAGAGAGUUCGUGGAGACUCGGGCGUCUGGAAGGGACGUGGCUGCUUGUAUGAGUAUUUGUACUGCGCAAAGUACUAAGAAAGAGCUGGAUCUCGUGCUGUGCGCCACAAGGCUCCGGAAAGGACCCUCUAUCCAUCUUUGCGCGGAGCUGCUGUAUUUCAUUAUAUGAGUUCUAGCAAUGGUGUCGCAACCCUCAUACGCCGGCGACCUCCCUGUGCGCGGUCCCUCAUCCGUGGUAUCUUCAUCGCGACACAGUCGUCGGCACGGGAGGGUAAGAUCGCACGCUGGGGGCUCGUCCUACAUCCCGCAGAAUGAGUUCCCAGUCUUCACACACACUGGCGACGUUGAAAUCCUGAUCAAAGCUGGCUCGCAUACAAAUCGCUAUCUUCUGCACCGACUAAUUCUCACGCAAUGUUCCGGGUUCUUCGAAGCGAGCACAAGUCAAGAAUGGUCCCGCGCAGCGAAUGAAGGGGGUACAGAGCUGUCGAGAAUACGGGAGGAGUCGGGGAGUGAAUCGGGUAGGAGGGAAGUGAAAGAGGUGAAGAAGAAAUGGAGAUACGAGCUCGACACUGGGGCAGACGGCGACGAUAUUCCUAUGCUGGUACAAAAGGAGAAUACGACAGCGUCGCUCUUUGGCACAAAUGAUGCAAGACCUCCACCAGUUCGCAACAAACCACCCAUUGCCAAUCCCUCAUUCUUCCGCUCGGUCGCCAAUCUCACACUCCCAACCGCACCUCCAGCAGCGCCGACAAUUAGUCCAGAAGACCAGGAUCUCUUGGAUGACUACGAUAACCUCUUCCGAAUUUUCUACAACUACCCUCCUGUCCUCGACCCCAUCGAUAUAGCAACGGCAUACGUCCAGUGCAAAUCUCUCCUGACACUUGCGGACUUAUACGAUGCUCUGGCAGUCGUAGGCCCACGCGUAGAUCACCACCUCCUUCAGUUCCAUUCUCGUCUCUGGAAACAAGUUGCCAAAUACCCUUCCUCAUACCUUAAACUCGGCUACCUCGCACAAUCCAAAGCCAUAUUUCAAGAGGCGUUAAUACACGUGGUAGGAGCGUGGCCUAUGGGAGAGCGGCACAUCCGAAACCAACUCCCAGAAUCAGUUAUUGAUAUCAUCGAGGAUAAAGUUGAAGAGCUAGGAGAUAUGGUGGGGAAGGUCGAGGGGAAAUUGUUUCGACUCACGCUUACAACAUCAAAGGGGGAGAGAGUUACGCCACAAAACUCCUAUCUGGAUUGGCUUGCCGUGUCGUUAUUUCGACAAUGGCUAGCAGACAAUACAUCUCCGCCUCCUCCGCUUCCUCCUUUGCCUCAGACUGUCGUCCAAUCCAGGGGCCGAGCAAGUCAACAACCUCGAAACAACACAAGCACCACCCAAAAUCCUCAAGGACCGUCUCCAUUACCUCCCCCCUCGGCAGCCCCGUCUCAGUCUGCAAAUGCAAAUCUGGGCCGCAUAUACCGCACCCUAGGUACCUCUCCAAGCAAUUACCUGAACCAUGAUGAAUGCAAGAAAUUCUUGAAGAUGAGCCCGGAGAUCUAUUCAAGAGAGAGUUUGAAGAAGUUCGAGAAGAGGCUUGACGAGAUGAAAGCAAUGGCAAGAGAGAUCGUGAAGCCGCUAUUGAGGAGCAGCCUUCUCGGCGACGCCACAGGCACCACGUCCCUAACCUGCAGCGUGAUAGACGAUCCGAGGGACUUUCCCUGGCUGAACGAAUAG